AUGCCUCCAAUGGCGUCGCAGAAGGCGAAAGACGAGUCUCCGGAACAACGAAAAAUUUCUGCGAUGGUUCACGUAAACGCAUCCUUGCAAACGUUAUCAUCAGUGGCACAGUCCGGAUGGAAAGCAAAUUCGAAGGAAGGAAGAACGAAGUCGAGCGCGCUCAGCAAGGUGUCAGCUGCUAUCUCUCGUGCAAAUGAAGCUUUGUCAUGCCUUCGUGUUCUAUGUCCAGGUGACCUCGACGUAGAGCGCGCCGCAUCCAGCAUGAUGAGCAAGCUGCUUGUGUUGGAGAUGCAUGAUACUGCCCUUCCUUUCCUUAGUGAUAUGCACGCUCGUCUGCUCGCUUUGCUUGGGGUACCUAACCCAAAAGCAUCAGCCCACUCUGCCCCUACUUCAAAGUCGCCAGUUCGCCUGCUUUACCUCCCGCUGUCAAUGAUACCACCACCAGUAGACGCUGUGCUCCUCACGCUUAUCUCAACGUAUCUAAUGCACGCAAUAAUUUUAUUCACGCAUAUUGCGAUGUCUUCCUCGUCAUCGACUAUUGCUACCCUGGACUCGGUCUGCACGGCUUUGGUAGAAUCCGGCACGCUCUUGACAUGGAUGCCUUAUUGUGUAUCCUUGCCUAGCAAGCAUAAAGACACUACGCUCACACGGGCAUAUACUGCGCUGACAAAAUCAUGCUCCUCAAUGUCUGCGAACGCGCGCUCGACCUUCCUCGUCCGCGUAUAUGCACUCAAGUGCCUUCUAUGCACGAGCCCUGGAACCGUUCAGCCAAAUACAUUCUGGGAUCAAAUCCAGAAGUCAUGCACAGUGUACGUCAGAUCCUCUUCUCCCACGUCAGAAGCGGAGGAGCUCUCUGUCGCAACGCUCGUGUCGGAGUCCCUUGGUGAGGUCGUACAGAUCGCACAGUCCAAAUUAUCGUUUUUAGAGGGGAAUUCGUUUAUCCUGCUCUGUGAGACGUGGACGAGAUUCGCAAAACGCAGCAACGAUUUGCGCACCCUUGAUCGCAUAACAGACCUGAUGGGUCCAGGAUCCUCAUCUUGCUCGUUGGCCGAGGUCAAUAGCCUAGCCAACAAUCUGAGUAAACUCGACAUCUCUGCUCCUUCGCCCCAGGACAGGGACACUGCCGUUUUCGAGUGCGCACGCGCUUUGGCAGUGUUAACUAAACUCACUGCAUGCUUGGAUGCAAAUACCGACGAAACAGAACGUAUUCACGAAGCGACGAAGGUUCUUCCUGGUUUGGGGCGCCUUUUGUGCCUUUCGGCCGAACCGAAUGAAGAGCUGCACCGUGCGCAAGGAAAGCUCCAACGUGCCUUAGAGAGACUCAGACGAGCUUGCAUCAAGGUCCUGGAUGGAGAGACGAAGGUCCAAAGUCAUGUAAUCAUUUCCAUACUUAUGACAAUCUCCACUGCCCUGGAAGGCGUGUUCAAGCAGAAUCCAAAUAAGGACAUCUUGACCGCAUCCCUCGAUUCACUAUUUACCCUUGCGCGCAUACGGCUUAAAUGCAAUGAUUCUGACACCUAUACGCCCACUCUCGACCUCCUCAACCAUACCAUAGUCCUUCUGGACUCCACCCCCGAUCAUGUGAACGCCAUCCCAGCUUCUGCACGUGCCAACUACAUCCGCUGUAUCUCCGGGGCAUAUCACAAUUUGGCUGGCACGCUAUAUCAAAGCUCCAAGUACGGGGGCGCGGUGCGUUUUCUGAAGGAAGGAUGUUCACUUGGUGCACGGGCACUUCACAUACGAGCGGGUGUUAUGCAGGACGACACAGAGGAUGGCGAACGGGACGAAGGGUGGAAACAACUCGAAGAACAGAUGUUUCGAAGGUGGGAGCUUCUUGCGGUGUGCUAUUCUAAGAUGGGGGACCGGAAGCUUGCGUGUGGUGCAUUUUUGGAGAGCGUAAAGGCCUUUCCGUACGGCUCAUCCGGUCUAGAGCACCUAGCUAGGUCAGCAACAUCAACAAAUGCUUUCAGCGCGAAUGCAAGCACAAAGCAGCUUGGUGGGAUAAUUGACAGACUAACGUACACAGCGACAUGCGAACUUUUUCUCCCUACAAGUGAAGUCAGCCUCCAUACUGCACUGAAGCCGGGUGUUAUUAGGGAUGAGGUCCUGGGCCUGCUGCUCGAGCGUCAGAGUUCGAUUCUCGAACCUUGCCUUCGGAAGGAUGGUGUGCAGACUAUUGUGCGCGGGCUGUUGCGAGAUGCUCUAUCGGUGUACAAGGCUACCGUUCUUCCGUUGCGCAGGGCUAGAGUCCUCUUGAAGUGCAUGGAGCUCUUAUGGAAGGAUGGGAAUGCCAAUGAUGGAGAGACUUGCUGGACCGCGGAGCACCUGGGUGAAGAAGUUUUAAACCUGCUCACUGUCGAGGACCUUGGGCACGACUCCGCCUUUGUAGCAUUCCGUUUACAGUACACUGUAGCGGUUCAUCUUUGGUUGAGCCUCUUCGCGUAUCGUAGCGCAGGAUCACCGAUGACUUCGACUGUGUCAUACCAUGUAGAAGAGGCGUGCAAGAUCCUGCGCGGGCUUAUUCCUAACUCUUCAACUGAAACGGAUCCAAAGACGAAGCGAUCGCCUGCUCGUGCGAAGAAGUCACCUAAGGACACUGUGCCUGCGAAGAAGCCGACAAGAGCUGCGAGCGUACGUACAACAAACAAGACCAGAGCGCACAAUCCUGUCACACCACGUCCCCGCAAAGCUCUUGAGAACGUGUCGAAUGUGAUUCAAAGCACGCCUCCGAAGCAGGCUGGUGCUACGAUUGGCGUUCAGAAGGUGGUAGUUGUAUUCGACCUCGAGACAAUCGUUGGUCAACUUCAAAUGAACGUCCAUUUACUUGGACUUCUGGGUCUAGUCUUACUGAAGAUCAAGCUUCUGGAGGCUCUGAAGCGCAUCUGUGAACGUCAACUCGUCGUAUCGGCUAAUUUAUACAUCACUGUAUGCAUUGAUCUCGCGUCAGAGUAUGUUAAAUUGGGCAGAACGAAGCGAGCCAAUUCCAUUUUUGCACGGAGUUCAGCGGUGCUGAAAUCAAGUGAUGUUUUCGACGAAGUACGUAUUAGUUAUUUGCUAAGAUAUGCAGAGAUUCUGGCUCUUGGAAACAACAUUCUUGAAAGUGCUUCCUUCUACUGUGAAGCCAUGGGUUUGUCGGAAUCUUCUCCGCCCGAAGAUAAAGCUCUACCGACUGCUGAACGGAUAAGACUGCGUGUUGGACGGCUCGAGUGUGCAGCGAUGGCUUGCAGGGUCUCCGCAGCUAUUCAAUACUCCAGGAACAAUGUAGUCGGUGCUUUAGAGUGCACGUUGCAAUCGUUGCGACUGUGGAAUCGUGCGGUGGACACGCUUUCUCGAUUAAGCCAGCCUUCCUCCAAACCCACAAAGGCAACCGAUGAUUCAAAUCCAUUUGAGGCUACUCCUCCAGAAUCGUCAACCGCCAGCGAUACUCGGUCCAAUGAUCACCUGAGAUCAUUAGGUCAGAAACGUCUCAUGGACGGGAUGGAGUGGCGAAUGGUUGAAGGACUACUUUCAACCCUGGUGACGCUCACUCACGCCUACUUCACCCGUGGUUCUUGCCGCGAAGCUGAGUAUUUUGCUCAGCAAACACAAGACCUCGCCGAGUCUGUUAACGCCCCAACCAUGGUUGCUCGUGCACUGAUGCGUAAGGGUGAGAUCCAGUUGUACCAGAGGCAGCUAGAUGCAGGUAGGGACAGCUUGGCCAAGGCUGCGGAGUUGCUGCAAGAUCUGCCAGGUGUGGAUGCAGCUGAUAUGAAGCGGCUGAAUGGAGAUUGGAAUCGCUUGAAUGAACAAGUCCAGGACGCCAAGGACCUCUACGAAGAGGCAUCUGUAAUGCUUGGGGAACUAGAGGGAAAGUUGGCGUCCUUCGACGGCAGUCGUCGUAAAUCCAGUGUAACCCUUUCACCACAAGCUGCCUUAGCUACCGCCGGACAGGGAGCAAUAGUCCCUACCUUGUUGUCUGACAUUCUCCGCCGCCAUAUCUGGCUACUGCGCGAUGAUGGAGAUGCUACAAUCAAGGAUUUGAUAGACCGUCUUAUGGCUUUGCCUGCUUCCCAAGACACAAAAGGAGAAGAGCAUGCACUCAUGGGGAAACUCACCCUGCAUAGCGUCUACGACCAAUUCCGUUCAGAUAUGUUCCUGAGCUCCUUGGCUGAAUCUACAAUCGCACUUCCGACGGGCAUGACAAGCGACCGAGUGGUAUCGCUUACACCUUCGACACAAGAUAUCUUGAGUACUCUGGACCAGGCAGAGAAAUUAUUUUGGGCCGACCUUGCACUUACCGCGGAUCGGGGGAAUGUCCCUCACGUCCGCGAAGCGACUAUAAAUCUUGCACUCAUUAAAGCGCUUCAGACAUCCCUUGGAAAAGGGGGAAAGGAUGGACCCAUUAUUGCUGCGCGCCUUCUUGAUGCGUCAUCCGCAAUUACUCUACGCCGUGAAAUGCUAGAGGCUAUUCAAUAUAAAUUCCCCAGCGUGCAAUUUGACGAUCUUAAAUGGCCCCUUAUGACGCCCAGCGGUUCCCCGCUACCUCGGAAGAGACCGUCUAAAUUUCGGCAACUGAGGACCUCCAGCACUGAGGAAGCAUCUGACGAUGACGACGACUCGAAUGCAAGCAUGACGGCGUACUGGGAUUCUAUCCGCGAGACGUAUGCAGAGCAGACUUCAGACACUUCCUUACUAUCGACCACCGCCAUGUCACAGUUUCCAUCUCAUUGGACAGUCGUCCAUAUCAGCCUCACGCCUGACAAGAGUACCCUCUUUAUUUCCCGUCAGAAAGUUUCUUCUGAGCCGUUGAUGUUCUGUGUGCCUCUCAAAGGCCGACGCGAAUCGGACGAAGACGAACACCUGACGUUUGACGAUGCGGUGAAAGAGCUCGCUGAAAUAAUCCGCUUAAGCGACCAAGGGACACGCAACGCAGUCAACGUACGAAAUGAUGAUCCGCGAGCAAGAACUGCCUGGUGGGCGGAGCGCAAUACGCUGGAUAAAAGGAUGCAAGAGCUGCUAGAGAACAUCGAAUUUUGCUGGUUGGGGGCAUUCAAAACCAUUCUCAGUCCUGUCUCACCUAUAUCAGCCGAGCUCAUCACCGACCUCCGCGCCCGUCUCGAGAAGGUGUUCAAGCGCAUUCUUCCUCCCCCAGACAAGAAACAGAAGCAGCCUCCUCGCUUGUCUGACGUGCUCCUCGAUUGCUUCUCAUCCCUGAGUCCGAAAUGUCGUGAAGAAGAGCUUGAAGACUUACUCUUCUUCAUCCUUGACCUGUACACAUUCCAUGGCAUCCCAGUCGCCAUCGCAGAUAUAGACGUAGAUCAAGUAACAGUGGAUCUUCGCUGUGCGCUGGAGGAGCAUACCACUUUCAAGAACAAGCGAGGGAAGGUGAAUCCAACUUCGGUAGACGACCCCCACAUGUUCCUCGUCCUGGACCACAAUGUACAGGGCGUUCCUUGGGAGUCGAUACCAGUCUUGAGGGGCCAGAGCGUGAGCCGCAUCCCGAACGUUUCAUUCUUGCUUGAUCGGGUUCGACUUGCGUCUGCCAAGAACCGAUCAGGGGGUGUUGUUGAUAGGACAUUCGUAGAUCCACGCAAGACGUUCUUCGUGCUUAACCCUAGCGGAGACUUGAAAGGGACUGAGGGGCGAUUCAAACCAUGGCUUGAGCAGAUGCGGAGUGUAGGCUGGGAGGGAGUCAUUGGACGUCCGCCAAGCGAACAGCAAUUCUUAGAUGCUCUUGCGCGGAAAGAUCUGGUUGUGUAUUUCGGGCACGGUGGAGGAGAACAAUACGUGCGGUCACACAAAAUCCGUCAUUUGCCGCGCUGUGCAGCGACGAUGUUGUGGGGGUGUUCCAGUGGGUCAUUGAAGGAGAUGGGUGAUUUUGACAGAGUAGGCACCCCGUUCAAUUACAUGAUUGCUGGAUGCCCUCUACUAGUGGCGAAUCUUUGGGAUGUAACUGACCGCGAUAUCGACAAGUUCUCACAAGCAGUUUUUGACUCGUUGAGAUUGACUCCGACUCGUGGAGGGGGGCAGGGUGUGUCAGCAGUUACCGCAAUUGCAAAAGCCCGAGAGGCAUGCAAACUCAAAUAUCUCACCGGGGCAGCACCAGUUGUAUAUGGGAUUCCGUUCUACCUAUAA